UUCCCCUUCCAGGAAGAAGCCGGAUCUGCUGCAGUCAGUGAAUCAACCAUGGCCACAAGAUGGGGCAUCUGUUCUGCAGGAAAAAUAAGUAAUGAUUUUGUGGUAGCUCUGCAGACUCUACCAGCUCAGGAUCACCAGGUGGUAGCGGUGGCUGCCAGAGAUCUGAACCGUGCCAAGCAAUUUGCCCAAAACCAUAACAUACCAAAAGCCUAUGGUACAUAUGAAGAACUUGCCAAAGAUCUAGACAUUGAUGUUGUUUAUGUUGGGGCCAUUCAUCCUGUCCAUAGGGAUUUGGUUCUUCUAUUUUUUAACCAUGGAAAAAAUGUCUUAUGUGAAAAACCUAUGGCCAUGAAUCUUACAGAAGUUAAGGAACUCACCUCAGCUGCAAGGAAACACAAUGUUUUUUUAAUGGAGGCUUUCUGGAGCCGCUUUUUGCCUGUCCAUGAAGAGAUCCGUACCCUGCUCCAUCAGAAAGCUAUUGGAGAAGUAAAAGUUGUGCGGGCAGAAUUUGGAGUAAAUUUGCUUAAUGUUCCUCGGGUAGUGGAAAAGGAACUUGGUGGAGGAGCACUUCUGGACAUUGGCUGUUACUGUAUACAGUUUACCUCAAUGGUAUUUAAUGGAGAAAAACCAGAGUCUAUAACUGCCAAAGGAUUUCUGAACGACACUGGUGUUGUUGAGACAGUGAGUGUUAUUCUGCAGUACUCUGGGAAACGCCAGGCCAUCGCCACCUGUAUUAUUCUGACUGAACUGCCAAAUCAAGCCGCUAUCUGUGGUACCAAAGGAAUCAUUCAGAUACCUUCCUUUAUGUGGACACCUACAUCCCUAAUAGUUAAUGGAAAGGAAACUAAAUACCCUCCACCCCCUACUACAAAACACAUGUACUUCAUUAACAGCACAGGACUGAGCUAUGAAGCGGAACAUGUGCGGCAGUGUCUGCUGAAAGGUUUGAAAGAAAGCCCAAUAAUGAGCUUAGCUGAGAGUGAGCUGUUGGCCAGCAUCAUAGAGGAGGUCCACAUUCAGCUUGGUCUCUAGAAGAUGAAAGAAUGAAAGACUGGCCAGUCUUAAUUGCAUCAAUACAUGUUCUUUUCAGAAGAUACCAAACACUACUUUGACAAAUGUGACCAUCAAUAUAGGUAAAGCUUUCUCAAACAUACAAGAUGCUGAAAAAACUAAAGACUAAUUCAUGGAAAACAUUAAUAAAGUUUACCUCCAGUCACCAAUGAAGUCAACCAUGCUUCUGAGUCCUAUGGGUAAUAACUGUGU